AUGACAAGGAACGUUGUGGUUUCUUUGAAGAUGAAUCAGGGCGAAGACAGCAAGGCUAAAGAUGUCGUUCUUGGUCCAGGACUGUUUGCUCCUGAUAUUCAAUUGGGGCCCAAUGCUGACGAUUUUGUGCCUGAAGAGAAGAUCAUCUCAAGGAUACAGAUGUCAAACUUGUUCUCUUUCUUUGACACAGAUUCAAAUCAGAAGAUUGACCUCGAUGAGCUUGUUUUGCUUUCUGGUGCAAUCGGCAAAGAAUGGUCUAAAGAAAAGGCUUUGCAAGCUCUCUGGGAGAUUGAUGAAAACAAGGAUGGGUUUGUAACCUUCGAAGAGUUCUACCGUUGGUACUUGGCCGGGAAUAAGAAGGUUCUCGAAGAAAUGCCAGUGCCCCAGAAGGUCUCAGCCUUUCUGCAGAAUAGCAGAUAUUCCAAGGCAGACGUGGAGAAACUUUUCCAGUUAGCGGAUGAGAACUCUAACGACAGAAUUGAGCACGCCGAAUUUCUGGAGCUCAUGUCAACCUUGGGACACAACAUGACCUCUGAGAAAGGCACUGAAGUGAUUGCGAGAUUGUCUACAGUGUCAGGAGGGUCAGAGCCCUCUGUCACGUUCCCAGAGCUGUAUGCCUGGAUCUCGGCUGGGUAUGACGUGGCUACUGCCCAAGUUCAGACCUCCAUUCUUCUUGAACCGUCGGAGAAAGAUAAGAAGCGUGUUUUUGUCCGAGGAUUCCCAUGGAGGGCGAAGGAAGGGACGGCUCUGAAAUACUUCUCGAGAUGCGGUGAGGUACAGGAAGUGCAAAUGAUCAACUGGUCACGUGACGGGACCCCGAGUGGAAGAUGCAUCGUGACCUUCAAGGAUGAAGAGAGUGUCGAGAAAGCGAUUGCCUUGCAUCGUAACAGAAUGGGGAAAAGAUGGCUGGAGGUGUACCGAGUCAAUGAGGGAGAUAAGGAGGAGAUUCAUAAAGUCGACAAAUCUCUUCACGGGGCAUUGAUUGGAAUCAAAGGUAAGGUUGUGCAAGAAAUGCAGCAGGAGAGCGGAGCUCGAAUCUUCUUUGAAACCGAACCAGAGGAUGUCAUGAUUAUCAAGGGCCGUGAGUUUGAGCGAGUCAAGGCGUGGGCCAUGGCUAAGGCAGUCAUCGACGACAACACAAUGGAGGAACAUCCUGUUGAUAUCUCACUCCAUGGCAAGCUGAUCGGAGCCAAAGGCAAGCUCAAGAAGAUUAUGGAGGAACAAAGUGGGGCACACAUUGUUUACCGGCAAGAGCCAAAGCCAAGAUGCUGCAUUUGCGGAUCGUUCGAGGCCCGCCAGAGAGCCUGGCAGCUUGUGCAGGGGAAGAUGUGGGAAUUCCAGCAGGCGAACGAACAGAGGUUCCCUCUUGAUCGCAAGUACCAUGGCACUUUGAUUGGCAAAGGAAGUGUUGUUGUACGCGCAAUCGAAGAUGAAACUGGCGCGAGGAUCCGGUUUUCUAGCGGAAAGCAAUACAACUCUCGUGAAGAAAAGGGUUAUGAGGGUGAGAAGGAAGGCGCUGAGAACUUGGAUAGUGGGUGUAUGGUUGUGAGGGGAACUCCAAAGCAGUGCGAGAAUGCCUGGAAGUAUGCACAGAUCUUCUUGAAGGAGAUGCCUCUGCUGUUGAGCGAGCUUCGAGAUGAAGACAUUGCACUCGGAGCACUCAGAUCCCUUCCUCUUUCUCCAGAUCAGGUGUGGCAAGCUGCGGUCGAGGAAGCAACCAAGAAGGCCAGACAGUCUGUGGGAGUGCAUGAUGAGAAGAGCCAAGGCAGCAAUGCGGAGGAAAGUAUUCUUUUACUCUAA